AUGGAUGCUAAUAAGAUAUUGAAGUUGAUUCUAUGUUCGCUAUUUGCCGCCGUUGAGGUCGUAUGCAAUGUUCCGUGUCCUGACAUUCCGUGUGGGAUAAGAUGCAUGUGGGGGCUUCAACACGAUGACAAUGGAUGUCAGCUCUGCGCUUGCUUGCCACACCCAUGCGCAGCGAUUCUCUGCUUGUCUGGCCAGCCAUGCUCUGUUUUUCCAAAUCUUGGCUGUACCGGUCCCAACUGCGAUCCAUUCAUUGGAAUUUGCGGAGCAGUGGGGUGUCCUACCUUGGAAUGUCGAACAAAUUGCGAUGGUGGGUAUGUCACGGAUGAAAAGGGUUGCAUGACUUGUCAAUGUCUUGACCAAUGCCAGCCGAAAUGUUCGAAAAAUGAAAAAUGCCAGAAAGUGGUGUUCGGUUGUGAGAAUCCUCCUCCGGGCCAACCCUGUGAUCCCAUUCUCGAGCGGAAGUGUGUGUCCAAACAUAAUGUCUCAGCAUGUCCGCAGUUGAAGUGCAAAACGUGCCUCGGAGGAAAUGUUGUUGAUGAAAAUGGUUGCAUGACUUGUCAGUGUCUCAAUCCGUGUCUGGGUAUAAUGUGCACAAAAGGUAAGAUUUGUCAACCUACAGCCCCUGGUUCACUGGUGAGAUACAGAUGCGUCAAGCCGAGGAAAUUGUGUUGUCCAAAGCCGAUUGCACCACCAAAUGCCCACCUCAUUCGUCCGGGCACAUGUUUCCCGAACUGUCAGACGAAGGAAUGCGGGGGAGAGACUAUGUGCUGUCCGAAUUGGUUGGGUUGCUACGGUUGUGUGGGGGCAGUGCCCUGUUAAUCCAAUUCAAUUCCUGGAUUCCAUCUUGGAAUGUGAACACCACUUUAUAUCAUAUUCAGUAGUUGUUUAGUUUAUAUAGAGACUUAAAUUUAUUUGACUACGGAGUUAAUUUUUUCUAAUUUUAUAAAAGAAAUUAAAAAACCUUGAUCUAAUUCAAUUUUUGUUUAAACAUUUUUUGCCUGUUGUUAAAUAAAUAGUUUUAGUUGCUUCAUAAAA